CUGGGCUGACAAGCUCAUGCAAUGCUUAGCGCACUUCCUUUCUAUCCUUGCUCCAGAGCUGAAUAAAGGUGCCUUCGGAAGGAAAUCUCCAUACAAAGCAAAAGAGGAGCAAGUCAAGACGGCGAUCUUAACCCACGGAGCACCCCACAGAAAUAAACGGGCGUGAAAUGGAGAUCGACAGAAAAGGGAACGACUCGGAAGGCAGCGACCAAGGCAAGAAUCAUAAAAUGUCUCCAAUUACCCUCAACGUUGGUGGCUAUCUCUACGUUACCCAAAGGCAGACCCUAACAAAAUACCCGGACUCCUUUUUGGAAAGAGUUGUAAAUGGGAAAAUGCUCUGUCCGUCUGACGCAGAGGGCCAUUUUUUCAUUGACAGAGAUGGUCUCUUAUUUAGGCAUGUUCUGAACUUCCUAAGGAAUGGGGAACUGCUUCUCCCUGAGGGCUUUAAGGAAAACCAACUUCUGGCACAAGAGGCAGAAUUUUUUGGGCUUCAGCUGUUAGUGGAUGCAGUGAAGUCGAGGUGGGAGAAGGAACAGCUGGCAUCCAGAGAGACUACCUUUCUAGAAAUCACAGACAGCCACGACCGUUCACAGGGCCUUCGGAUUUUUUGCAACGCCCCUGAUUUUAUAACAAAAAUAAAAUCACGCAUUGUUUUGGUAUCGAAAAGCAGGCUGGACGGUUUUCCCGAAGAGUUUUCGGUCUCUUCCAACAUUAUUCAGUUUAAAUACUUCAUAAAAUCAGAAAAUGGGACUCGGCUCGUUUUGAAGGAAGAUAAUACUUUUGUCUGCACCUUGGAAACUCUCAAGUUUGAAGCUAUAAUGAUGGCACUAAAAUGUGGAUUCAGGUUGCUGACCAGUCUGGAUUGUUCAAAAGGGUCAAUUGUUCACAGUGAUGCACUUCAUUUUAUCAAGUAACUACUUCUCCUCUCAACAGACAAAAGGCCACAAGCAUGCAGCCUGUAAAUCUCAUUAAACUCCAAGACAUCGCAAAAUGAUUUAUCCAGCUCUGCCAUCACAGAGCACCUCUGCUAAUGAACUAAUGAGAACUCAUGGUAUGUAAACUGUAAAAUCCAUCUG